GUGUCCGCGUGUUUAGUGUUAUAUAGAGCGUUUUAAGUUAAACAGAGACAGAUGAUGAAGCUUUCUGUGGUAAGAGACACUAAGCCUCUCACUAGAGAAACACCACAAUUUAUAAACUUAUUCAGCAAAAAGCGCAUGUCUCCGAAAAUACAGCGCAUUGUAGGAGUUCUGGAUGAGUGCAUCUAUUCGAUGGAGCUGGUGGCCCUGCUGCCCUCUGAAGAAACGCGCCUCCAGAGCCUCUCUCAGAAACUCAGACCAGAAAUGACCAGCGCCCUCGCCGAGGACCUGCGUCUGGGGAAGGAAUACGAGACCCUGAGCCUGGACCCUGAAGCUGAAGGUCAGGAAGCAGCUGCUGAAGCAGUGCAGACCUCAUUUUUGAACGUUUCACGGCUGCUGAGAUCCUGUCCUUCUUCUGCGGAGGUGGUGCUUAAAGAUAGUGAGCCUUUGAAAGAAGAUCGAAAAGGUGUUCAGGAGAUGUUAGAAUGGCUAAAGGACUACAGAUCCUUCCUGCUACAACAGCUAUACAUGACACCUAGAGAGGAGAGGCUACACCUCCAGCAAAUGCGAGAAGCACCUCUGCGUUACGAAAGCAACCAAGAGGCGCUCGCCGCUCUGGAGAGGGAAAUGGCUGCGACGAUAGAGGCCAUGGAUAAAGAGAUCAGUUGGUUGAGCAAAGUGAUUGAUUGGCUGAAGAGAUCUAUGGACAGGAUAGAGAAACGCGCCGAAGAUUUCGUUGCGCAGAAGAAGAAUAACGCUGAGCGUCGCAACGAAUCACUUCAGAAAACCUCACAGCUGAAACAGGCGCAAAUCCUGGAGGAAAUCAGUCAGCUUGAGCUUCAACUUGAAAGCCUCAUCAAACGCGGCCUAGAAGAUGAGCGGGAGCAACGCAAGCGAUGCACAAAGUUAAGGGGUAUGGUGGAAGACUGGAUCGACGUUUACGAUACAGAAAUAGAACAAAAACAGACAGAGCUGGAGGAAACAACCCAGCUUUAUGAGAUGGAGAUGGCUGAGCUCAGUGAUCUGCAGAAAUAUCAUGCAGUUCGGGAGGUGGAAUACUUACAGGUCGUGGAGAGACGCAGGAUAGAAAAGGAACUAAGGGAGAAGGAGGAGAGAGAAAGGGGGCUGCGGAUUCGUGCCGCAGCCGUUAUCCUCCAGUCCUUCUGGAAAGGGUGGCGCGUCCGCAAAGCCAUGAAGGAGAAAAGCAAGAAGAGCACAGAAAAGAAAAAAGGAAAAGGAAAAGGGAAGAAAGGAAAAGGGAAGAAAGGAAAAUGAGCAUAAAGAGCUCUGCCUCUCCAAAUGUGCGUUUACAGCGCAUUAAGACAUAACGCAAAAAAACGUCUGUCCAGUCAAAUCAAUGAACCAACCAAUCAAUCAAUCAAUCCAUCAAUCAAUCAAUCAAUCAAUCAAUCAAUCAACCAAUCAACCUUCAUUUUAACUCUGGAGUACAUUUCCAAUGUAACCGAGAAUUUACAGUAUAAAAGGCAAAAUAAAUACAUUUAAUAUUGAUAAAUAUAUAUAUAUAUAUAUAUAAACAGUCUUGUCAAUAUAUUCAUUC